GAAAACCCUAAUCCGUCUCCCUCCUAUCGCACUCGCGUCUCUUUCCUAUUCGCGCCGCCGCCGCUGCUGCAAGCGCCAGCUCGCCGUCGUCCGAAUAGUACACUCUAACGCCGCCAUGGGGCGUAUGCACAGCCGCGGGAAGGGUAUCUCGUCGUCGGCGCUGCCGUACAAGAGGACGCCUCCUACCUGGCUGAAGACCGCCGCCUCCGACGUGGAGGAGAUGAUCACAAAGGCAGCGAAGAAGGGACAGAUGCCGUCGCAGAUCGGCGUCCUGCUCCGUGACCAGCACGGUAUCCCCCUUGUCAAGAGUGUCACCGGCAGCAAAAUCCUCCGCAUCCUCAAGGCCCAUGGGCUGGCACCCGAAAUCCCGGAGGACCUGUACUUCCUCAUCAAGAAGGCGGUGGCGAUAAGGAAGCACCUUGAGAGGAACAGGAAGGACAAAGACUCUAAAUUCAGGCUCAUUCUUGUCGAGAGCAGGAUCCACCGCCUUGCCCGCUACUACAAGCGCACAAAGAAGCUUCCACCCACGUGGAAGUACGAGUCAACCACUGCAAGCACUCUGGUGGCCUAAGCGAGGAGCUCAGCGUACGGCGCUUGAAGCCGAGGGCAUUGUUGGAAAUCAUUUUUAUGUACCGUUUUAAGAGUUUGGAGUGAACUAGAGAUGGUGAAUGUCCCUCCUCUGGAGGAUGCCAUGGACCCUUUUUGUUUACAUAGAACUGCCCUGCUGUUAAACUUUUGCUACUUGGCGAAGGCAGUUGAUUGCUUGCCUCCAUUAACACCUGCUAUGCGAGAAGCUUUUAGCCUUGGGCUGUCGGGCAGAGGGACUCCUAAAUGUAUGAUGUCAAAAGCGCACCCCUAGAUCUGUCAGUUGCUUCGUAUACAUGUACGUGGCUGUGUAGCUUGUGCCUGCAGCAGUGUUCGUGUGACAUCAUCCAGGGCAGGACCUUUCCGUUGGACACCCCUGACAUGAUCAACAGUAUUUAAAAGCCAUGUUGCGGCCUAUGAGCCUGUUUA